AUGGAUAAAAUAUUUCAAUACGGAGGUGUUGAAGCUAUUCCGUUGUAUAAUUGCAGUUCAAUGUCUUCUGAUUCCUGGACUACUCAAUUCGGGUUGAAACGUCCUGUUCUUGGAAUCAUGAGUAUUAUCUAUGGAGCUAUCUUUGAAAUUCUAUUUAUCCCUUGUCUUUGGGCUAUGCUUGAAAAAGAACUAUGGCGUAUGUCUUGCUACAAAAUUAUGUUUUUCGUUGGUAUUGUUGACAUUUUCGCUCUCGCGAUGAAUUCUAUUUCAACUGGAUAUUUGGCAUACGAAGGAGCAGUCUUCUGUACCCAUCCAGUCUUCAUUUAUAUCACCGGAUUAUGGGGUCUCGGACUGUGGUGUUGUUCGUGUCUCAUGAAUAUUUUGCUGCUUGUGAAUCGAACAUUGAAUAUCUCUAAUUCAAAUUUAUCUGAUUACGUUUUCGAAGGACAUCGCACUUAUUUAGUCUUGCUUAUUCCAAUUAUUUAUGGAUUGUACUUCAUGUUCUUCACACGAACCUGCGUUUUUUCUUCUAAGUACUAUGCAUGGUUCUACGAUCCUUUCAUUUUUCCGGAUAAGAGUUCGGAGAGACGAAUCUCGUCGAUGCAAACCACAUCAAUUCGACCUUUCCCUUAUCGUGAUGUCUGA